AUGGUAGUUAGGCGUCUUAUUAGGAAGAAAGAAUGUCGUCCUGGUUUCACAUGUGAUUAUGUUAUUGGUGAAGAUAGAAGAUUGAAAGGGCUAUUCUGGGCUGAUGAGCAAUCAAAAACAAAUUAUACAGCGUUUGGUGACAUAGUUGGUUUUGAUGCUACUUAUAAAUCAAACAAGUAUGAUUUAGUUUUUGUACUGUUUACUGGGAUUGAUAAUCAUUUUAGGAAUGUCACAUUUGGUGGUGCAUUACUUGGUUCUGAGACUGCAGAUUCUUAUAGAUGGCUUUUAAGGUUCUUUGUUAAUGCUUUUGGAAGUGAGCCUAAAGUUGUUGUUACUGAUCAAGAUGCUGCAAUGAAGAGAGCUAUUAAGGAUGCACUUUCAAGAAGUAGGCAUAGGUUAUGUAUGUGGCAUAUAUGGGAGAAAUUGAAGACAACGGUUGGUCCUGUUUUGUCAGCAAACAUUGAUUUUAAUACAAGAACGACUCAUGUUGUUUGGAAUGAUACUAUUAUUCCAGAAGAUUUUGAAACUGAGUGGCAUUCAAUAAUGUCUACUUUUGGAUUGGAAAAUCAUGAGUGGUUAAAAGAUAUUCAUUUUGAGACUGCAAUGGAUAUUCAAAGGCAUGAGCAUAGGAGGAAUGAUCAUGAUACAAGGUAUAUUCAGUGUAAGACCUGGAGUGACUUUGUAUUGGAGAAACAAGCAUCAGAAAUAUAUACCAAAACAAUUUUUAAGGAUAUUAAGAUUGAAAUUGAUGCUGCCAUUACAAAGUGUAUGUCAAAGUCUCUUGAUACUGUGCAAUACAACAAACACGAAGAUGGUUUAAGUAUAAGUUUUUCUUGCAAACGGUUUGAACAAUUUGGUAUAUUGUGCCGCCAUAUAUUUUAUGUUCUACGGUAUGAUGAUAUAACUGAGUUUCCUAGAAGAUAUGUUCAUAGAAGAUGGAUGAGAGAUGUUGUUUCAAAUGGUUCAAAUCAUUGCAAUAUUCGGUUUGAUGAAAUUGGUAGGAAUAGUGAAAUUGAUAAAGUUUAUAGAGAAAUCGUUGUUGCAAAUGAGUAUGUGGUUAAUAGGCUGGUUGGGGAUUUAGAUGAGCUGUGUCGUUACAUGGACCAUAUUAAAAGUUAUUGA